AUGACCGUUUGCCAGCCGAAGUCCUCAUCCCCACCACAUAGUACCGGUGCGCAUGGAAGGCCUCACCCGGGAGCGGAGACCAUCCCAAAAGAGGUGGCGCCAAUGGAAGUGGAGCGGAAGAGCCAGCCGUUCGCCCACUCCGAAAGACAUUACUAUAGGUUCAUCCCGCGCCACGUCAGCGGGUUUGAGGGAUUCCCAUCACUGGCCAGUUCCGCGACGGGCGCAGCAACCGGUCCGUACCCUAAAGCGCGUGCUAAAUGA